AUGGAGGGUCCUGCCGAGAGAGCUGGUGAGGAUGAAGACCUGGAGGAAAAGGCGAUGGCAGUCGCUGGACCUCUUGCAGAGCUCGGAGAGGCUGAGGACAGUUUGGACACUGAUUUGGACUCGGACCAGGAGACGGAAGGCAUCCAUGGGCACAGAGAACUGGCCAAGGAUCCUCUCUGCUUGAGGUCUUGUCAGACCCAUAGCCUUAUGCCUGCCUCCAGCUUUCUUCGACAACGGAUUGCUGAGGAAUUGAAUGUUCGUCAUCGUAGUCUAGGGCCCCAGGGGGCUCAGGCUGUAGCUUCCACAUUGGCCGCCAAUCCCUCCAUCAAGAGGUUGGAUCUUCGAGACAAUGGACUCUGUGGGACUGGUGCUGAGGUCCUGGCAGCUGUCCUGAGUAAAAGCAGCAGUAUCUGUGAUGUGGACCUGUCAGAGAACCAGCUAGGAGCUGCAGGGGCCCAGGCCCUCUGUGCUGCCCUGGCAGAGAACCAGACUGUGCAGAAGAUACAGCUGGCAGGGAAUUGUCUGGAGGAGCAGGCGGCUCAGCACCUUGCAACAUUCCUGCUGGCCCAGACGAGCGUGAAAUCCCUGGACCUCAGCUAUAACCAUCUGAAUGACCGAGCAGGAGAGAUCCUUGGGCCAGCCCUGGCAGAAAAUACUGGACUCACUGAGCUUAACAUAAGCUGGAACCACCUCCGAGGCUCAGGGGCCACAGCAUUUGCCAAGGGACUGGAGGCAAACAUCUUCCUGAAAGUCCUGGACAUCUCUUAUAAUGGCUUUGGAGACUCUGGUGCCUCUGCAAUAGGUGAGGCCCUCAAGACCAACAAUGUGCUGGAGGAGCUCAACUUGAGCAACAACCGCAUCUCUAUGGUGGGAGCUCUGAGCCUGGGGCUGGGCCUCCAGGUCAACCAGACACUGAGGAUUCUUGUGGUGUCCAGGAAUCCCAUGAGAAGUGAAGGCUGCUUUGGUCUCCUUAAAUCUGUCCGGAACAACCCAGCCUCUACUCUUGAACUGCUUGAUUUCUCUGAUAUCCAGGUAAACAGAGAAUUUGAUGACUUCGCAAGCUCAGUGAAGGUAAUUCUUCCAGGGCUUUGCUUAAAGACUGGCUCUCCCAGACCAGAGUAUAAAAAAGAGUUGCUGCCAAUCUUCAAACCAUCAUCACCAGCAUCUAACCACUAA